CGUCCCGCUUCUGCGGAGGACGCGCGUGCGUGUCGCGCACUUCUGACGCGACGGCGUGCGGUUCCGUUCGACGCGCGUCUCGGCAGCGCGUCAAUAAACUCAAUGGCCGUGACCGAGAAACUGAUCCAGAGCGUCCACGCUUACCCGGUGCUUUAUAACGUGUCGCUGCACGAUUAUCGCAGCGCGGAGCGGCGCGUGAAAGCGUGGAGGGAGGUCGCCGCGUCCGUCGGUCUCUCCGUGGUGGAGUGCAAGCGGCGCUGGAAGACGAUCAGGGACCGGUACAUCCGCGAGCGGAGGCUGUGUCAGCUGCGGAGGGAAGAAGGCGGCCGGAGGCUUCAUUUCUGGCCACACAGAGAAAGCCUGUCGUUUCUGGACGCUCACGUCAGGAAGAGGAAGCGUCUCGGUGAGCAGCCGGACGACUCUCUGGACGAGUCCAGCGGCGGAGACUCCAAGCCCGGCUCGGACACGGUCCAGGAGCGUCCGCUCAAAGCUCUGUCCAUCGUCAAGCCGGUGACCCAGCUGCUGCUGACCGGUCUGCCUCCGGGCCUGAAGCUGCCCCAGCCGCCCGCUCCGAGCCCAGCGCCGCCGGCCGUCACCGGAGAGAUCGACGGCAAGACGGAGAAAGACAAGGAGAAGGCCUUCGACGAGGACGAGCUGUUUCUCCUGAGCUACGUCCCUGCCCUCAAAAGACUGACGCCGCAGAAAAGAGCCGCCGUCAAGAUGCAGAUCCAGCAGAUCAUGUUUGACGCAGAGUUCAAAGAGCAGCUCUGACCCCGGAUGUGCUUCCUUUAGUCACGUACCGCCACAAGAACUAGCUCUUCAGCUUUUUCAAACGCAACAUUUCUUUCUUUUUUCUCUAAAUGCUCACCAAUUUUUUUUUUUAUAAAGAUACAGCAAAAGCAGUGAUAUUGUGAAAUAUUUUUACUAUGUAAAAUGUCUGUUUUCUAUGUGAAUGUUGAACUGUAGUUUAUUUCUGUGAAUUCUUUCAGUCUUCAGUGUCACGUGAAAUUAUUAGAAUAUGCUUAUUUGCUGCUCAAGAAACAUUUCAGAUUUUUAUCAAUGUAGAAAACAGUUUAGUCCAUUUUUUUCAGGAUUCUUUUUAUAUAUAACUUGUGGGGGGUGGCAUAGAAAAAUAUACUUUUAUUUAACUAAGAUGCUUUAAAAAGUGACUCAAUGGCUCACAAAAAACGUUAAUAAUGUAGCAAAGGAUUUCUUUUUCAGCUAAAUGCUGUUUUUCAAAACCUUCCAUUUGUAAGAAACCUGAAAAAGUCUAAUUGGCUGUUUUCAACAAAAUAAUGCAUGUUUUUUGAGCAGCAAAUCAGAAUAUUAGGGACUAAUCAUUAUUGGACUAAUGAUACGGAAAAAAAUCAGCUUUGAAAUCACAGAAAUAAAUGAAAGCUGAGGUUCGGUGAGCAGAAACUUCUCUGGUAGUUUAAGUAGAAGUUAGUUUGUCGUGACGCUAUUCGUUGAAUGCAUUUCUAAAAAUAUUUUCAGCAUUAAUUGUCAGAUUUGCUCUACUGCUAAAGAGAGAAUAAAAUGUGUGCCAACGACUAAA